UCACUCAUUUUGAGAUUUCGUUUCAUGCGAGCUUGCGAAGAGCGAGGCCUAUCGAUCAGUACGCGUUUGGUUUGGAGCUUAGGAUCAGCUCCAAGACGAUGAAUUCAACAAUGCGUAGAUUUUCCUCUGUGAUCGGGAGACCUCUCUUCGAUCGGACCAUCACCCAGCUCCGUCCACUCUCCACCAAAUCCACCGGAGGCCGCACCGCCAAGAACGGCGACGACGAGUGGAACGAAGCAUGGGAAUCCGCCUGGCUGCCGGAAGACGUCUCUGGCAAGAGCAGGGCCCCAUGGGAAACCGACGUCAACUUCUCCUUGUCCCAGAACGCUUCUACGGCCGCCCCUUUUGUCCUCCCGUCGGAUGCCGACGCCGAGGCGAAGGCGUUCGUCGAGGACAUGACUGACAAUUGGGACCAGAGAAGAAAUAGCUCGAAGAGCCAGCAACAGAAGCAGCAGGCGCAGAUGGAGAAGAAAGAUGGUACUUCACUGUAUAGUUUGGAGAAUUUAAAGAAGGAUUAUAGGCUGAAGAAGCAGCGAGUUCAUGCCGGGUUAUGGGUGAAGGAGAUUGAGAAGCUAGAGGAGGCCAAGCUGAGGGAUCCCAUUGGCGGCGCUAAUGAUAUAGAGAGAUUGCUCGAUAGCUGCUCUGAGAUUUUUGAUUCUCCCACUGACUUGAACAACUUAAAGAUCCCAAGUUCCUCUGAGUUAAAAAACAAGCCUGAUGGUUGGGAAACAACAAGUAAUGCUCAAGAUGGGAGUGUCUGGGAGAUGUCACAAAGAGAAGAAGACAUCCUCCUCCAAGAAUUUGAGCGUCGAAUUGCAUUUUGCAAGUUCCAGAUUGCAAGUUUUAUCAAGACUCAUAUUUUCAGUCGAAGGAGACCAAUUGAUGGAUGGAAAUAUAUGAUAGAGGAGAUAGGGCCCAAUGCCAAGAGAGGGAAAGGCAGUGUUACAAGGUUACCCAGUUUGGCUGAUGAAUCAACUCAACCAUUCAGGGAAGAGAAGGCACCUACACGAAGCAGUGGCACCUCCUACACAGGGAGGUAAUUAUGAAUUCAGAUAUAAUCAUAGUGGGAAUGUUGUGUUGUCUUGUGUAGUAAUUUUUGGUGUCCUGGUUCCCAAUUUCUGACUGUAGCAGAAUAAAAUUUUGUUGCUUUCAAUAUCUUGCCAGCAUAUUGUCAUGACCCAAUCCUAGAUGGAUAUUCUACUGAGAAGAUUUUGGAUAUAUUAUUUGAUCCAAAGAGCUCAAAAGCUAAUUUUCAUCUAGCACAUUUUGAAUAAAAGGGCAUCUAGAAUUACUAGUAAUAUUAGGUUGUGCAUGAAUAAGGAAAUUUCAAGUGAUGUCAUGUAAAAUUUGUAAAUUGAAAUACUUAAAUACAAACUUGGAGGUAGUGUAUGAUGAGAUUAUCAGGCCAAGGGAUCCUCUUUCCCCUUUUCUUUUUGUUAUUGCUGCAAACUGCUUGAGUCAGCUGUUUCCAAAUGCUGUUUCUUUGAGUUUGUUGGAUGGUUUGUGUAAGGAAGAGGGUGCUUCAGCUGUCUCUCGUCCUCAGUUUGCAGAUAGCGUGCUUGUAUUCUGUUGGGCUAGGCUCGACUUUUUGAUGGUAAUCAAGAGGAUUUUGUAAGUGUUUCCUUUGCCUUCAGGUUUGAGGGUCAACUUUUUAAAAAGCUCUAUUAUUGGCUGAGUGUGGAAUGUA